AUGGAGAAAGAUGUGGAUGAACUUGGAAAGAUUGACACGUUUAUUAAAUCAAAAAUUGAGGAACUUGACAAAGAGAACUUGGCCAACAGACAAACGCCUGGAUGUGGAAAAGGAACUGGAGUUGACCGGUCAAGAACAACAACUACUCUUUCUUUGAAGAAAAAGUUUAAAGACAAUAUGUCUGAAUUUCAGGCUCUAAGGGAAAGUAUUCAUCAAGAACAUCGUGAGGUGGUUAAGAGGCGUGUGUAUAUAGGUUCUACAUUUAACUUAAACAUCGUACUUGACACCCUUGCAGAGAUCCAAGAACGCCAUGAUGCAGUAAGAGAAGUAGAAAAGAAGCUUCUUGACUAG